AUGCGGAACCCUGUCAAAGGUUUUUCUAAAAUCCAAAUAAACGUCAUCUACUACUCUGCCAUCAAUCUUUUUGAAGAUUUAACGGUGCUUCUCUGUCUUUCGCAGAAAACACUUGGCAAAAUUGCAACAUGCCUUGAAUUACGAAGCACAGCUUUGCAGACAGCACAGACUCAGGAAGAAUUCAAAUUGGAAGAUCUAAAGACAUUAGAACCAAUUAUAAAGAACAUUCUUUCUUAUAACAAAGAUUUUCCUUUUGACGUUCAACCUGUCCCUAUAAGGAAAAUCCUGGCACCUGGAGAAGAGGAGAACUUGGACUUUGAGGAAGAGGAUGAGGGUGGAGCUGGAGUUGGAUCACCUGAUCUUUUCACUACUAGAGUUCCAGGUACUCUCCUACCACGGCUACCAUCAGAGCCAGGCAUGGCACUGCUUACUAUAAAAAUAGAAAAAAUUGGUCUCAAGGAUGCAGGACAGUGUAUUGAUCCAUAUGUUACAGUCAGUGUAAAAGAUAUCAAUGGGGUAGAUCUGACCCCUGUACAAGAUACGCCAGUUGCUACAAGGAAAGAAGAUAUGUACGUACAUUUUGCUGUUGAUGUGGAAAUCCAAAAACACAUAGAGAAACUGCCAAAAGGUGCUGCUAUUUUCUUUGAAUUCAAACAUUAUAAGCCUAAAAAGAGAUUUACAAGCACAAAGUGUUUUGCUUUCAUGGAAAUGGAUGAAAUCAAAGCUGGACAGAUAGUUAUAGAACUAUACAAAAAGCCAACAGACUUCAAGAGGAAGAAGUUGCAUUUGCUGACCAAGAAACCACUGUAUCUGCACCUCCAUCAAACAUUGCAUAAGGAGUGAUUGCGCUGUGGUACAUGAACAUACAUUGUGGUAAAUGUGUAUAUGUACAACAGAACUAGCACUGUGUAGCACAUUUAUGAAACAGUACUUGCAAUAAAAACACUGCAUCAUUGUUAACUGUUCCAUGAAGACAUCUCAAGUCGAAGCUGCUUCUGAUGCAAUUCAGGAAAAUAUUUCAAGCUGGUAAACAUUGCCAUUUUUAUAUUAUUUUUAAUAACUGAUUAAUCCUGGAAUGUUGGCAGACUUACUGUUCAGUGUGCUGAAGAAUGAAAAAGUACCUACACGACCUGUGGUAGCUAAUACAGCAUGUAUUAACUUAUUUAAAUUGAUGGAACUGCUGAAAUCUUUUUGGCUACCCUUGCUAUGCUGGUUUAAAGGCAGCAGCUUUCUGUAGUUAGAUGACACAGUGAGAAAGAGAACAAUCAAGUCCACAAAUGAAGGAUCUUAUUUUGACGUAUAGGUGAACGGUAAACAUUAUGUAGUGGUACUUUCAACAGAGGCCCUUGCUCUUUGGAUCAGAAGUCACUCCAAUGCUAUGCUAGAAAUGUAUUUGAAGUGCCAGAGUGGUGUGUUUGGUCAAAGCUCUUUCUAAAAAUGUAUUCUAAUCAUUGCACUACAUCUGCAUGUAGCAGUGUUCAGCAUUUUCUCUUAACAAUUUGUGGAAUUUAUAAUAAUGUAUAGAAGGAGGGAAAUAACUGCUUUGAUUCAUAUUGUGCUAACCUGUAUAUUCAGUAGCCAUUACCAACAGUGACUUACAUGUAAUAAAGAGAAUGGGGCAAGAAUAGUACUGAGGAAUGUUCAUUAACAACCCAGUAAUUUUCAUCUUUAUUAAUAAAUUUUCUCAAUAGUAAAAUAAGUUA